CGGCCUUUGUCUGGGAGUCGCCAUCUUGGGCUGUGUGUCUGCUGCCCAGGAAGCUCCUGCGCAGCUCUGGUGGCGCGGUGACGCCGUGGGUGCAGGGCAAUGGUAGGAGGGCGCCCGCGGCCCCGAGAAGCGGACCCGAUCCCUCCUAUCUCCCUGAGAGGAAGGCCACAGUAGGGCACUGGUGGAUAAGAAUCAAGGAGGAGAAUCAAGAUGCUCCAAAUGACAGUCAGGUCACUCUCUGAAGCUCAGCUGCCUCCUCAACCAUCAGGUCUAGGUGGCUGUGCUGUAGACUCUGUUGCCCUGUGACGUGCUGGUGCGGGGAGUUCCAUAGGGAAGACGCUCGAUGCCCUGGAAGCCAGAAAUGGGGUUGGUGUCAUUUGAGGAUAUAGCUGUGGAAUUCACCUGGCAGGAGUGGCAGGAGCUGAGUGAAGGUCAGAGGACCCUCUACAGGGAUGUGAUGCUGGAGAACUACAGCAACUUGCUGUUCUUGGGGCACUGCAAGACCAAACCUGAGUUGAUCUUCAAUUUGGAGCAAAGACUUGGAUCAUGGAUUGUAGGAGAAACCGCAGACCAGAGUAUCCCAGAUUUCCAGGAAAUGAAUGUCCUGGACAAGUUCUGUCCAGAAGCCAAAACAAGGCAUGUGUGGCAAGUUGUGCUCGACAAUGAUACAUCAAAGGAUUUGACUGGAGUAGGGAAGGCUUUCAGUGUGAGUGCAAACCAUGUUUCAAAUCAGAAUAGAAAGAGUGAGAACCCACGAGGAAUGAGUCCUGGAAAGUUUAUUCUGUGGAAGAAUGUUUAUCUCCGUAGUGAUGCUGAUGAGCUAGAAGUUGAACCAGAUGACCUGAAUGGAACUGUAAAAUCCAUCAAACAUCCAGAGCAUGUUACUCUGUACAAGUCUGAAAAUUCACAAAGUUCUUUUCAAAGUCUUAUACCAGGGAAAUCCUUCAACACAAAAGCAGUAUUACUGACUCAUAAAUUCAGUGAAUAUGCAAAGUCUUUAGGUGAUACAGCUUUUAUUGGCAAAGAGAUGGCUCACAUAAGGGGGAAAUCUUUUGAAUGUAACAUAUCAGAAAUAAAGUAUAACAAGUCUGACCUUGAUGAAAAUGAGCAAAGACACCCUGGAGAGAAACAUUACAAAUGUAGUGACUUUGAGAACCCUUUCAUUAUUGAAUCAUACCUUCCAAAACAUAAGGUACAGCAUGCAGGAGAAAAACUCUUUGCCCAGGAGGAAUACGAGUUUUCUCAGCAGUCAGAAGUGAAACUCCAUCAGAAAAUCCACAGAGGGAAAAAGUCCUAUGAAUGUAAAAUAUGUGGAAAGUGCUUUCAUUGGAAAACUAGCUUCAACAGACAUCAUAGUACUCACACUGGUGAGAAGCCCUAUGAAUGCAAUGAAUGUAGGAAAGCUUUCUGCCAAAAGUCACACCUCACUCAGCAUCAGAGAGUUCAUACAGGUGAGAGACCAUAUAUAUGUCUAGAAUGCAGGAAAGCUUUCUAUCGUAAGUCAGAGCUCACUGACCAUCAGAGAAUUCACACAGGUGAGAAGCCGUAUGAAUGUAAGGAAUGUGGGAAAGCUUUUUGCCAAAAGCCCCAACUCACUUUACAUCAGAGAAUUCAUACAGGUGAGAAGCCCUAUGAAUGUGCAGAAUGUGGGAAAGCCUUCUCCACCAAGUCCUACUUAACUGUACAUCAGAGGACUCACACAGGCGAGAAGCCAUAUGAAUGUACAGUGUGCAGGAAGUCGUUUAUCUGUAAGUCAAGUUUCAGCCAUCAUUGGAGAACUCAUACUGGUGAGAAACCCUAUGAAUGCAAGCAGUGUAUGAAGACAUUCUACCGGAAAUCAGGCUUGACUCGACACCAGAGAACUCACACAGGUGACAAACCCUAUGAAUGCCAGUUAUGUGAGAAAGCUUUUUACUGCACUUCCCACCUCACUGUACAUCAGAGGACUCAUACAGGUGAGAAACCCUAUGAAUGCAAGGAAUGUAGGAAAUCUUUCUAUGAUAAGUCAAACCUUAGAAGGCAUCAGAAGAUUCAUACCAUGGAGAAAGCCUGUGAAUGCAAACAAUGUAACAAAUCUUUGCUGAGUAACACUUUGCAGCAUCAGACAAUGUACUAUGAAUAUGAAGAAUGCAAGAAAGCUUUGCACCAUAAAACAAACUUUACUUAAACAUCUAACACUUCUUACAGGUAAGGGGACCUGUGAAUGUAAAGAACAUUGGGAAACAUUUACCCACAUGACAGAUCAGAUCUUACUGUACAUAGGAGUACUCACAUGAGAGAUUAAACCUUAUGAAUAAACAGUGAAGGAAAAACCUUUAUUUAUGCUUUUUUUUAAAAAAAUCAAACUCACAAUUUACUGUGGCAAGUUAAUUUAGCUGGUACAUUAGUGAUUGCUUUUAUCCCAACAUAAGAUAUGUUUAUGGUAGGGGGUCAUUUGUACUCUGGCACUAGAGGAUGACACCAUGACUUAAAAGAAAAUAGGGCCAAGUUUUCUACUUAAGGUUCUCCUAACAUACUAUCAGAACUUGAUGUGAAACCAAUGAUGGUGAAGAAUUGCCCCCAACUCUGAAUAGAAUUUGGAACUCAUUGCUGGGUGUGUUGGUGCAUGCUUAUAAUCUCAAUACUUGGAAGAUUGAGGAAGGAGAUCAGGAAUUAUAGUCUUGGCUACAGAGCUAUUUCAAACCCAGCCUCUGUUACAUGAGACCUUAAAAAAAACAGCAACCAGAUGAAACAACCAGAUGAUUAAAAAUACAAGAAUUUGAGAAUCUAAUGGUGUCAUAAACCCUGUAUGUGACAAAGAACAAGAACACAAUUAGGGAAAAUGUUGCCAUACUUUACUUCCAUUUGAAUCAAAUAUGCUAUAGGAGUUUUGUAGAAACGUGUGGAAUAUUGUGGAAAUUUAUGGUAAUGGGCAUCGCUUCACUCAAAAGUGAGUCCACUUGAAUUUAAGCAGUUAGGGCUGUGGAUGUAGCUCGGUGGCAGAGUGCUUGACCACUAAUAAUGUUAGCUGUGUUUCAUAUAGAUUGCUGGUUAUAUCCUUAAAAUUUUUAUUAUAUUUACUUGUGUAUGCGUUUCAUAUCACAUAUGUCAAGGGCAGAGGACAAACUCUCCAAAGUUAGUUUCCUCCUACCUGGUGGGUCCUUAGUAUAAAACUCAGGUUGUUAGACUUGGCAGCAAGUGUCUUUAUCCUCCCUCUGAGCUAUCUCUAGGCCUGUAUUUUAUACUAAUUAAGUUUGAUAAAAUAAAAGCAGUUCUGGAGGUAGUCCAUCCAGUUGGUAAGGAUAUUUGUUUUAUCAUUUUUGGAAAAAUCUCCCUAACUUUUCAAUUUGGAGAGAAGGUCUUGCUAUACACCCUGGUUAAUAUUAAAGUCCUGCUCUUCCUCUCUUACAAAGUGCUUAGAUUACAUGUAUGUGCUAUUCUUUUGCCCAGCAUAAAAUUUUAAGGUUUAAAAAAAUUAAGACUGAAAACUUCUAGAGCUCUUUGGCUGUUGUCUGUAUGUCUAAAUGUUCCAUCACUGUGUUACAAAAAUUUGCGCAAAUGAAAGAUUUGAUUUCACAGCUCAGUGAUAGGAUGCCAAAUCUGUGAAGAUCAAGAAAAAUGAGGGUAGUGUGAAGUUCAGAGUUCAUAGCAGUAGAUACGUAUACCUUGAUCAUCACAGCCAAGCAGAAGCCAAGAAAGCUGAAGAAGAUAAUGAAGGAGUUGAAAUGAAACAUAUCCUCAUUUGGAUUAAAAUCCUACAAUGUAAAGAAAUUCUGUUCAUAUAACUUGGGCGUUAAUUGGAAAUAAAAUAUUUAAAAAUUAUUUCAAAUCAUGUUCAAUGUGUGUACAAGCAGGAAGGUUAUUCCCAGUCAGCAUAAAUUGACCUCCAACCUGCAGCACUUGUGGUUGACAUAAAUGAAAAUUUAUUAUUUAAUGCUCAAAUUUAGUGAACAGGUUUGAACACACCUUAAGUAUAAGUAUGUUCAAUAUUAUAUAUUUUUGUUUUAGAAAUCUGAAUUAAGGGCACUCAGCCUAAGUACAGAAUAUUUGUUACUUAUGUAACAAAUACAUUGGGAUAGGGUGCAUGCCUUUUUAUGUAUGUGAUUCUGAUUACAGUUUCAGACUUCCACAGAGUAUUAAAAUGUUGUGGUCAUAUUAGUUAACUUGGCAUUACUGUGGGCAACUAGCUGACAGAACCAGUAUAAGGGUGUACAUAUUUAUUUUAGGUCAUAAUUUCAUAUAGUCAAUAGUUUCUUGAUUCUGACCAUGAGUAGAUCGUGGUUGGCAGAAGCACUUUUUAUCCUAUAGUUAGGACACAGCAAAGAAGAGGCUGAGUAUCACGCUUAUUCUUUAAAGGUAUCUAACAGUGGCAUACAUUAGAAAAAAAUCUUCCUGAAGUUUAUAUCAUCUCAAAAGCAUUGCCACAAUCUUAGAACCCAGCAUCCAACACAAAAGCCUUUGGGCAACGUUUCAGAUUCAAAUCAGAAUGUACAGUUUUCACAUUAAACAGCUACCCCGUUUAUUUUUUGUUAAACAUAUGUUCAUAUAGAGUUGUAUGGGUAUUUUUAUAAAACUAUUCAGAUUGAAACUGAAGUGCUAUCUAUUGCCUCAAGAGGGCGAUUGCUAAUGUAUUUAUAGUGUUUAACCAACAUAGAACCUGUUAUCGUGUCUAAUCUCAGCAAUUCAUGUUGAAAAGCAGAAAUCUGGUACACAAUUGUUUAUAGUUGACAUCUGAAUUAAAACAUUUUUGGC